AUGAUGGCCAGCGACGAAGCGAUCGUACCUGUCGAAGUACUGACAUAUGGCGCUACCGACAACAAGCCCAAACAUGACGUAACCGUCACCACUACCGCCAUCGACUUACCAGAUUCUCCUAAGCAACGUCCAACGAUCAAGCUCCAGGGCCGCCGUAGGACGACCUCAUCUUUAGACCAGUUGGAGUCACCUGCCUCUCAUGCCAAGAGUACAGACGACACCCUUACAAGGAUCGGCAACCUGAUCAAAAAGGUUCACAGCUUUUCUAUCAUCACGCGAUAUGCGCUGUACGUUUUGCCAAUCGCAACGCUUCUGGUCAUCCCUCUUGCAUUAUUCGACACAAUCUACAAACAUGCAAGAGCAGGCAAUAUACGAUUCCUUGGACUGUUCAUCUGGCUGGAAACCGUGUGGAUCGGCUUGUGGGUCUGCAAAUUACUAGCCAAAGCAUUGCCUGUCGUCUUCCAAGCUGCAUGUGGUCUCGUCAGUACGGGUAUCAGAAAGUACUCGCUCGUGCUCUUGGCCCUCGAGAUUCCUCUGAGCUUGUUCUUCUCCUCCAUCGUCAAUUGGGCGACAGUACCUGUGAUCUGCUCUUUCGAUCAAGGCCACUGCGGCGACAAGUGGGUGGUUACACUUCAUACUGUCUGUCUUGCCACCAUCGCAGUUGCUGCUGUCUUCUUGGCCGAGAAGUUCUUUGUACAGCUUAUCAGCAUCAACUACCACCGUAAACAAUACGAUAGAAAGAUCAAGGACUCGAAGAGACUCAUCAGCAUUCUGGACAUGAUGUACGACGCCUCGCGACAGCUCUCUGCACCAUUCUCGCGCGAGUUUGCGGACCUUGACUACGACAUCUUCGAUCCUGAUACUUCGGGCAUCAAGAAGAAGCUCGGUCAAGCAGGUAUCCGCACCACCGUCAUCAACGAUAUUGGUCGUGCAAGAGACAAGGUCACAUCCGCUUUCGGCAACAUCGCAUCCGAGAUCUCAGGCAAGACUCUGUUCAAUCCCAACUCAGCACAUUCGAUCGUUAUCGGAGCACUUGAGACUCGUCGCGCGUCGAAAGCUCUGGCACGUCGUCUUUGGCUGAGUUUUGUUCCAGAAGGUAAAGACGUGCUUCUCGUGCAGGAUAUCCGCGACGUACUUGGACCCAGUCAAGCUGAAGAGGCUGAUGAGAUCUUCAAUGCUCUUGACAAAGAUUGCAACGGAGAUGUUAGUUUGGACGAAAUGACCAUGCUUGUCAUGGAGGUCGGCCUGGAACGCAAGAACAGAGCUUCGAGUAUGCAUGAUAUCAGUCAAGCCAUCGAGGUACUUGACCGUAUGCUUGUUGUUGUUGUAUUCGUCGCCAUCGCAUUCAUCUACGCUGCGUUCUUUAGCAAGACCCUCGCCACCAAGACCGCUCAACUCUGGUCUGUUCUGACUGGUCUCGCAUUCGCUAUCGGUGGUACAGUUACGGAGUUUCUGGGUUGCUGCAUCUUCCUCUUCGUGAAGCAUCCCUGUGAUGUCGGCGAUCGCGUCGACAUUGACAAGACUGAGCUGAUCGUUGAACAUAUCUCACUAAUGUACAGUGUGUUCCGUCGUGUGGACAACGACAAGACCGUUCAGAUUUCUCACGCAGUCGCCAACACUCUCUGGAUUGAGAACGUAUCUCGCAGCAAAGCCAUGAAAGAGCGUAUCACCCUCGGCGUCUCUGCAGCAACUACAUCUGCUGACAUCAAGGCUCUGCGUGUCGAGCUGGAAGAGUUUGUUCAGGCCUCAGACAACGCGCGAGACUAUCAAUCAGGCAUUGAUGUCGAGGUCGUCGGUAUCGGCAACCUGGAUCAUCUCGAUCUUAUGAUUGAGAUCAGACACAAGUCGAAUUUCUCGAACGAGUCAUUGCGGGCAUCUCGCAGGAACAAGUUCAUGAUUGCCCUACUGAGUGCUGUCAAGAAUGCGGGUAUUGAAGCUCCGUGA